AGGACCUGCGCACGGCGGUUCCUAGGGCCGUGGAGGAGGCAAUGUCCGUAGGAGUCUGGAGCUUGCGGCUCUGGCGGGCCGCCCCCGGCGGCGGGGCUGGCUGGAGAUUUAUAGCAACAUCACCUGCUUCUCAGCUGUCACCGACCGAACUGACAGAAAUGCAGAAUGAUCUCUUUAACAAAGAGAAAAAAAGGCAGCUCUCAUUAACUCCCCGAACUGAGAAGAUUGAAGUUAAGCACGUUGGGAAAGCUGACCCUGGCACUGUCUUUGUCAUGAAUAAAAACAUUUCAACUCCUUAUAGUUGUGCCAUGCAUUUAAGUGAGUGGUACUGCAGGAAGUCCAUUCUGGCUCUUGUGGACGGACAGCCUUGGGACAUGUAUAAGCCUUUGACCAAGUCAUGUGAAAUUAAAUUUCUUACUUUCAAAGAUGAUGAUCCAGGAGAAGUCAAUAAGGCUUAUUGGCGUUCUUGUGCCAUGAUGAUGGGUUGUGUGAUAGAGAGGGCAUUCAAAGAUGAAUAUGUGGUCAGUUUGGUCAGAGCUCCAGAAGUUCCAGUAAUCACUGGAGCCUUCUGCUAUGAUGUAGUUUUGGAUAAGAGACUUGAUGAGUGGAUGCCAACAAAAGAGAACCUAUGUUCCUUCACAAAAGAUGCUCGUGCUUUAAUUUAUAAAGAUCUUCCAUUUGAAACUCUGGAAGUUGAAGCAAAAGUGGCGUUAGAAAUAUUUCAACACAAUAAGUACAAAUUAGAUUUCAUAGAAGAGAAGGCAUCUCAGAACCCUGAGAGAAUAGUCAAGCUACACAGAUUUGGUGACUUCAUUGAUGUGAGUGAGGGCCCUCUUAUUCCAAGAACAAGUAUUUGUUUCCAGUACGAAGUGUCAGCGGUUCAUAAUCUUCAAGCCACCCAGUCAAGUCUUGUACGAAGAUUCCAGGGUCUCUCUUUACCUGUGCACUUAAGAGCACAUUUUACAAUAUGGAAUAAACUACUGGAAAGGUCUCGGAAAAUGGUGUUUUUGACAACAUGUAACUGAAGAUCAAACUCAGCCUACAGAGGAAAGUGCAUCUGCCUAGUAACUUCCUCAAAUUUAGAUAUGUAUAGUAAAUUAAAAUAAAAGUUUUCUAUGUAA